AAGUCCCAGUUCCAAUGGCAGCUUCUUAUGGAUCCACAUUUAACAAGGGAGCCCCUACCAAUACACCCAUCACCUGCAGGUUCUUCCCUAACUGCAGUAAUGUCCAGUGUACCUUUUAUCACCCCAAGCCAUGUCGAUUUGGAAUCAAGUGCAUGAAUAAACCCACCUGCAGUUUUUACCAUCCCUCUGUGCCAAGCAAAAGUCAGCUGACAUGGACCUCUGCAAAUAAACAGUCUAGUGUUCACAUCAGCCAAAGACGGUUUGAUGCUGGGGCAGCAGAGUCAUUACCAGUAUCUGUAGAUUAGAGAAGAAACUAUCACAAGCUGUGUAGUCCUUAUACAUCCCAGCAAAAGUUUCUGGAAAACAAAUCAAUGUCACAAAGUCCUUCAAGGCAAAGAAGACCUUAUAGUCAAAGUGUUGCAGUCAGGUUGACCAUAUAGUCAAGUGAUAGGAGAAAUUGUGAUAAUGAUCAUAUCUCCACUCUCUUCCUCAGUGUCAUUAUAGAUGACAACAGAAAAAUUAAUUUUAUAAGUCAGUUUAAACACACAGUUAUGUGACAUGUUUAUUAGAGUAAUAUGAAUUUUGAAGACACAUUUUCAUAUUUUUGUAAAUUUUGAAGAUACAGUUUUCAUAUUUUAUUUUGAGCAUAGUAAACCUGUCAUGAAACAAUGCUGGUUUAUACAUGUAAACAUAUAAUACUGUGUUUUAAACUCUGUAAAAGACAAGCAACAAAAUAUGUUACUAUGCAAAGGGCAGCAACUUGUACAAUUUACUUUUACAGUGAUUUUUCCAUAGUUCCUUGUCUGCAGAUAUAGUGUGUUGACCAUUCAUUACGAUUGUUUUAUAAAAAGCAAAGCUGAAUAAAAUGUUGCAUUCACACUGUGUGUAAUUUGCCUGAAAAUAAUAAAGAUUUUUCUGUUCA